AAACAAACAAACAAACAGUCCGACACGGCAGAAGGACCCUUCAGUUCUCCUGUGGAUCUUGUUGCCGCAGAUGGCGCAGAGGUAUGAUGACCUGGCGCAUUACGGAGGCGCCAUGGACGGAGUCGGGGUCCCGGCGUCCAUGUACGGAGACCCUCACGCGCCGCGGCCCCUGGCCCAGGUCCACCACCUGAACCACGGCCCCCCUCCACACCCCACCCAGCACUACGGAGCCCACGCACCGCACAACCUGAUGCCCGGCAGCAUGGGCACGGCCGUCAACGACGCCCUGAAGAGGGACAAGGACCAGAUCUACGGACACCCGUUGUUCCCUCUGCUCGCGCUGGUGUUUGAGAAAUGUGAACUGGCCACGUGCACGCCCCGAGAGCCCGGAGUGGCGGGAGGAGACGUGUGUUCAUCUGACAGCUUUAAUGAGGACAUAGCAGUGUUUGCAAAACAGAUCCGUGCAGAGAAACCUUUGUUUUCAUCCAAUCCAGAACUGGAUAACCUGAUGAUUCAAGCGAUUCAAGUCCUGCGGUUUCAUCUGCUGGAAUUAGAAAAGGUGCAUGAGCUGUGCGAUAACUUCUGCCAUCGGUACAUCAGCUGUCUGAAGGGGAAGAUGCCCAUAGACCUGGUCAUCGAGGACCGGGACGUCUGCAAGGCCGACUUCGACGACCUGUCCGGGUCCUCCACCAACCUGGCAGAUCAUAACCCGGCGUCCUGGAGGGACCUGGACGACGCCCACUCCACCCCCUCAGUGGGCACCCCGGGCCCGUCCAGUGGGGGACACGUGUCCCAGAGUGGAGACAACACCAGUGACCUGGGUAAGUCCUGUUCCAUAUCAAAGCAGGGACUGACCUCUGACCUCUGGGGGCGGGGUCAUGCAG